GACAGAAGAUAAUAUCGAAUAUCAACUCGAAUAUCAACAACCGACAUCUCGCAGACGUGUUCUCCGCGCGAAAAAGCCUGUAUUUGGAAAAAUGCCCACAGCCUUAGACCGAGCAAUGAGUUCCAAGAAUCUUGUCCUGGGUUUCGCCGGGAUGGUCACAGCUGCCGCAGCGUGGGCAAUCUGGGGAAGCGACAUGUUCCCGUCCGAGCCAGACCCAACUGGAGAUCCUGAAUACUGGACUGCCGACGAGAUGCGGAGAUGGCUCCGCAAUAGAGCUCUCCUGCCCACUGAACAGGCCACACGCGACGAAUUACUCGAGCGUGUCAAAGCGAAUCUGCGCGUACCGCCGAGAUCAACCACCUGAGUUUUAUGAGACACACGAAUGUCGUGUUUGAAUCAGUUUCUGUAUUUUCAUGGCGUUCUCUUUGUACUCAUUUCGUUAUUCAAACCAGCAGAGAUACCUAGUGCGCGCGCCGUCUAUGGAUGAAUAAGCGAUGAUCGUGUUAUGAGCGACCUGUCGAAAAAGUUGAUAUGUUGGACGUAAGCACAUUGCCUCUUCGGAGUAUGCAUUAAUCAAACGACAAGUCGAAAGUUUUGUGUUUGAAUAAGCCAUUCUCUGCGGCGUUUUCCUUUGGGGGCAUCCGCUGUAGGAUUCGGUACCAGAAUGAAGGUUUCACUGAAGCCACGCUGCGGUAGAUCUCUGGACUCCCCAAAUCGUACAUAGCCGCUUACUACCACCAAUAU